AGCAGAAUCUAUUUUCGCUCCCUGCAUGCACUCUCACAGAUACACACGUCACAGCUAUAUAAAUAGUGUAACAAUCAAACGUGGACUCAACGAUUCUCUCACUCACUAAUACUAAUUCAGCACUCUCAAAAAAAAGAAAGAAAAAGGAGGAGCAGAAAACAAUAACGAGAAGCUGCUUCACUACACUGGAAAGAAAAAAAAUAAAAUAAAAAAAUACAUUAGUUUAUUUAUUUCUUAAAUAAUAAAACCUUUUUUUUUUCUCUCUGCGGUGUUGUUGUCUGCAAUGUAGGUCUGCCGGAGAAUGGCAAAGUGUCACCGGAACAACGUCGGAUCCGUCGUACUCGACCACCGCCAUCCUGCCAAGAAUGCUGCCACCGCCGGCCACUUCCGCUGGAACUCCAUCUCCGCCUCCUCCAUCCGCCGGAUCGUUCUCGACGCCGUCAGCUGCGGCACCUCACGCUACGGUUACCAUCAGCGCCACGACGACGACGACGAAGGAUCCAGCUCCGCCGCAACUUCUACAGCGAGUCUGGCCUCCGGCAGCCGCAGGGAGAACCGGCCAGAUCAGAAAACAGAGAAGCUCGCGGAUCUGCUGAACUUAACGGGGUGCGAGAAUGAGGCGGAGGCGAAGAAGAAGGAAGAGGCGCUGGUGGAGCUGAAGCAAGUGGUGAAGGACCUGCAGCAGGGAGAGGACUUGGCGAAGCGGCGCAUGGCGGCGACGACGGUGAGGUCGCUUGCGAAGGAACGAUCGGAAGUUAGGGGAACGCUCGCUAUGCUUGGAGCUAUUCCUCCGCUCGUCGGAAUGCUCGAUUCCGAAGACGUUCAUUCUCAGAUUGCUUCGCUCUAUGCGUUGCUCAAUCUCGGGAUCGGCAACGAUGCAAACAAAGCAGCCAUCGUUAAAGUUGGUGCUGUUCACAAGAUGUUGAAGUUAAUUGAAUCACCGGAUGCUACUAAUUCAUCAGUUUCUGAAGCAAUUGUUGCUAAUUUCCUUGGAUUGAGUGCUUUGGAUUCAAAUAAACCAAUAAUUGGAUCCUCUGGUGCAAUUCCAUUCCUAGUUAGAACCCUUCAAGAUUUGGAUUACGAAUGUAGCCACCAAGCCAAGCAAGAUGCUCUUCGAGCUCUAUACAAUCUAUCAAUCUUUCCAACCAACAGUUCAUUCAUUUUGGAAACUGAGUUGGUCCCCUUUUUGGUUAGUUCAAUUGGAGACAUGGAAGUGAGUGAGAGAGUGCUUGCGAUUCUAAGCAAUCUGGUUCCAACUCCAGAGGGCAGGAAAGCUAUCAGUGCUGUAAAGGAUUCGAUCUUCAUUCUGGUGGAUGUGUUGAAUUGGACGGAUUCGCCGGAGUGCCAAGAGAAGGCGUCAUACAUUUUGAUGAUUAUGGCACACAAAUCCUACAGCGACAGGCAGGUCAUGAUUGAGGCUGGGAUUGGAUCAUCACUGCUUGAAUUGACCCUUCUUGGUUCCACAUUGGCACAGAAAAGGGCCUCAAGGAUCUUGGAAUGUUUGAGGACAGACAAAGGGAAACAAGUUUCUAGAAGCUAUGGUCGAGGAAGCUUGGGGGCCGAUAUCUCUGCGCCUAUUUUCAGCGCGUUGCCGUCUUUUACGAAGGCUUCGGGUGGAGGAGGUAAAGGCUAUUUGGAGGAAGAGGAGGAGGAGGAAGAUACGAUGAGUGAGGAGAAGAAAGCAGUGAAGCAAUUAGUCCAACAGAGUUUGCAAAACAACAUGAGGAAAAUUGUCAAGAGGGCCAACUUGCGUCAAGAUUUUGUUCCAUCCCAGCAUUUGGCUUCACUUACUUCAAGUUCAACUUCUAAGAGCCUGCCAUUUUAACCAACUAUAGAUGCUGAGAACCAUGAAAGAUAGCCUUCUCAUUGUAGUCUUUUUUUUGAGCUUUUUGGUUUUGUAGAUUGUUUAUCUAAAUCUUAAAUAAUAAUAAUAAUAAUAAUAAUAAUAAUAAUAAUAAUAAUAAUAAUAAUAAUAGUUGAAAUACUUUUCUGUUCUUUUGUUUCUUAGGAGCAUGUGCUAAACGCUAACAAUAGAUUCUAUUAUGGCUUGAAAACUGAAAAUUUUUGAGGUUGCUUCACUCAUACAACUGCUACAACUACAAGCAUCCAUACAAUGAAGGAUCAAGGAAUCACUUUCCAACCAUAACACAUUUUUGUCUUCCUGUUGGCUCGAUUAUUUGUUUUAUUAUUUAUUUCUAAAUUGUAGUUGGUAUUGGAAAGGUGUCGCUCAUAUUUCAUCUUCCAUAUAAACAGGAACUGUUCACUGCCGU